AUGGAUGAUUGCGUACGUUUGGUCCGUAUCAAGUACCAGUACUCGUCUCACAAGCAGAAGAAGGAAGGGGUUGAUAGCUCCCCAGCCCCAGGCGGAUACAGCUUCUCCUCUGGAGGUGUUCAGCAGCCACCAUUUCCCUGGCACUCACAACACAACCAUCUAGACCCUGCUUGCUCCCGUUUCCUUGCUCCCAAGACCCUCAGCUCUUCGACCCGUUCCCCGUUCCCUGCUCCCCCUUUCCCCCUCCCCCCCCCACUCCCCUCCCCCCCCUUUCCCGUCCCCCCCUGCUCCCCUUCCCACCUGUUCCCCUUCCCUCCCCUUUCCCCCCUCCCCCUCUUCCUCCUCCCCCCCCUGCUCCACUACUCAGCUGAGUUUCUGCGGUCGGUGGGCAGCCCGGUGCUGUACGGGCACGUGGUGCAGCUGUUCCACGUGAGCAGCGGCAAGUUCGUGAGUGUCAAGCGCACACAGUCAGAGCUGGAGAAGUCGCACCUCAAGGUCGUCCUGCAGAGGCGCGGCGACAUGGGCUCCUGGUUCACUGUCACGCCCGCGUACAAAAUCAAGCGGGAGGGCGAGCAUGUGGCAUUUGGGGACGCAGCAACGUUCAUGAGUGUCAAGUUCUCUGGAGCCGGGUUGCGGCUCUCUGAUGCGUCCUUUGAUGUCACAGUGUCAGGCUGCCAUCCCUAUGUCAUUGACUCUAGGGAGGUGAACGCAGGGCCAGAGGUGGGGCGGUGGAAGCUCAUACCCUACGCACUGCACGAGAGCAAGCUACUGAACGCCCGGCACCUGCUGAGAGGCGGCGAUGCAGUGGUGGUGACGCACAGGGCGAGUGAGAUGCACCUAGUGUGCGAUGAAGGGCAGGUGUUCUUUGAAGCGCGCGGCCAGAUCGAGCCCGGGGGGAGAGUCAGCUCCAAUGCUCUCUGGCGCCUUCAGCCUCUCACUGUUGAAUGGGGCGGGCGAUUCGCCUCUGGAGACCAGCAAUUCCACUUGAAGCACCUGGCGACAGGGCUGUACCUGGAGUCCAGGCGACUGCUGCAGUCCAAUACUUGCCUCGACAUGCGUGGAGAGGAUUUCAGGGGCAUGGUGGGAGUGACAGAGCUAUACAAGAAGCCAGGUACCGUGUGGAGGAUAGGGGCAGUGGGGCAGGGCACAGAGAGGCACGUGAUACCCUAUCACACGCUCAUUCAGUGCCACGGCGUGCACGGCUUCAUGUCAGGCGGCAGUGGGGACUAUUACAAAGCUCGCUGGGCCUCUCCCGGUGCAGUAGGCUCGCUGUCCUUUGCCUCGUCGUUCUCUGCCGCUGCUGCUGCUGCGGCGGUUGGUGCAGUUGGUGCUGCGUCGGCGGCGGCUGCUGCUGGUGUGUCUUCGGGGUUUGCGUCUGGAGCGUGCGUGGAUGGGGAUGGGGAUGGGGACGGGGGCGAGGAGGAUGAGGAGGAGGCGCUGAUGGGGAGGCGUCCUGCUGGGCUCACAUCAGUGUGGGACCAGAAGGAUGCGCUUGUGUUUGAGGGUGCUCCUCCAGCUGCAGUCAACCUCAUCCUUACAGAGAGUGACUCCACGCGAUGUCUGAAGAACUUUGUGCUGGCGUUGGACGAGAUAGACCCCAUAGAUGAUUGUACGGACGACGAGGUGCUCAAGGCCAGCAUCCGCACUAGCGGCCUCAUUCAAGUGCUCUUCAAGUAUGGCCCAGUGGUGGCAGAGGAGCUACAGCGGCUGAUUCGCUGCCUGGUUAUCUCGGACAUGCCAGAUGUGCUCAACCUCAGGGGCCCUCCAAAUCGCACAUACCAGGUCUUCGUGAGCGAGCAGAAGGUGCUAGCAGUGGUCGUCUCCGUGCUGCAGAUCCUCCUCAUCAGCAAGGGCCUGCCGCAGCGCUGCCUCAGCGACUGCGACACCUUCUUCGAGGGAUUCGACCUGCGCCGCCUCUGCAAGCUCAUGAACCGCUUCCUGCAAGCCGCGUGCCAGCAGUUCAGGCCCGGGCAGGACCAGCUAGCGCCGUACGUGCCGCUGCUGGACCAGCUGGUCGGGAAUGAGAUCUAUACCUCGGGCACGAUCAUGGCGAUUUUCGCGGAUAACGAGAGGAUUAUAUCGAGGGUCACUGUGGACAAUGUGAGUGGUUUUGAGGAGGAGAGUGGGAGAGUGGUGGUGGGUUGGGGCCGUGGUAUCCGGCAGCGAGUGACCAACUGCCGCAUGUUCCAGCGCCCGCGGGACAUCCGCUUCUUGAACAUCAUCUGCAGCAGCGAGGGCGCACCAGUGCGCUCCAACCAGAACGUCGUGGUGGACAUUCUGCGAGAGAACGCCGAUAUCCUCGUGCAGGCCCGCCCCGCUCCCUCCCGGCUUGUUAGAGGGGGUCAGACGCUCAUUCUGAGGCGCUGGGAUGGGGUGGAGGUGGAUUGUGAGGCGUACGCGGAUCUGCAGCAGCUGGGCCCGCAUUCUGACUCCAUUCGCCGCACUCCGCAGGAGGUUCUCUUUCUCUUCUACGUGGUUUCCUUGGAGCUGUACUGCACGCUGUGUCUGCAGCGCAACCGCAAGGCCAUAGACUGGCUGAUAGAGGACAGCCACCUGUACGGGCUGGACUAUGGCACGCUGCGCAUGGUCGUCUUCAACGACGCUCUGCCCUUCUUCCUGCGCACCAACUGCUGCCGCCUGCUCACGCGCAUGUACCUGGAUAGGGAGCCGUUCGAGCUGGUGUCACAGGGCAGCGUCAUGCUCACCUGGCCCACCAUCGACGACUCAGAUGCAGAGACCCUCAGCAAGCCUGACCAUGCGAACAUGGCCAUGGCAGACCCCUUUUUCCUCCUUCUCCUCCUUUCCCCGCCCACCAUCGACGACUCAGAUGCAGAAACCCUCAGCGAGCCCGACCAUGUGAACAUGGCCAUGGCGGACCCCUUCUCUGCCUUCCCAGGGAAGGCGCCAGAGAGGGAGUUUGGCGAGCUGAAGGCGCGCACGUUGGCGUACCUGCACGGGACCAGGUUGUCGUCUGCGUGCUCCGCGGGGCAGAGUGCGCUCACACUGGCCGUGCUGCAGAUGGGCAGCAUCAUGCUGCAGUUCGGGCUCUUCGGGAACUUCUCUCAGGACUGGGACAGCUCCAUAGCGCAAGUGGUGGCGGCGAUCAUCCCUCUGCUGGAUGGCAGGUCGGAGCCAUGGGACGGCAGCUGCAGGCUGCGGUUCGAGAACCAGCACGAGCCGCACAGCAGCGCCGUCAUGGAGGCCAAGACCAUCAUGUGUGCCAUGCUCAUGUACAUAUUCGACAUGCGCAUCAACUGGUGCAUCAGCAUCGCAUUCGACUGCUACUGCGACCUUGGCGAUCGCACCAUUGCCAACUUCUGGGACAUGCCACUCCUCCUCUCCCGCCCCUCCGACCCCUACUCCUCCGGGUAUCCUUCAUCCGUCGCUGCGGUUACCACCUCCACCACCCCCUCCUCCUCCUCGGCCUUGUCCCAGCACACCUCCUUUCACUCCGCGUCCUUAGCUUCACUGGAUUCGGGGAUUCCCAAGGAUGCUGUUGCAGCUCUGCAGAGAGCAUUGGGAGGGGAGAAUGGGCUGAUUGGAGGGGAGGGUGUAGGGAGGAGAUUCGGCGGAUCGGGACUGGAGGGUGGUGGUGGGAGGAAGGCGUAUGGUGGCAAUGGUGGUGGUGCUGCUGGUGGUGGUGGUGGUGGUGGAGGAGGAGGGGGGAGUGGAUACAGUUACGGAUCCGACGUGCUACGGCUGUACAAGCAAGUCGCUCACGACGUGAACAUGCUGCGAUCGCUGCACGGAUGGCUGGGGAGCGAUAAUGAGUUGCUGCGAGGGGAGGUGCGGCGGCGGUGUUGCGAGGUGCUGUGGAAGUUCCGGGAUAUGUGCACUCUGAGCCAGGGGCAGAACGAGGCGCAGGUGGUGAAACACCAGACGAUUCUCAAGACCCUUGGCGCCCACUGCUGCGCUCGUGACAUGCUGCGCUUGCCCUUCCGCCGAGUGCCGUCUCAAGUGCGGGGCGAGAUGGACUGUCUCGAGGAUGAGGGGCUGCAGGCGCUGCUGCAAGCGGCCUACGAGUUCCUCACCAUGUUCUGUGGGGGAGUGGUGAACGAGGAGAUCCAGCUCACUCUCUUCCCCUUCAUCCCCCUCAUGCUGCCCCACCGAGGGCUGCAGGGCGUGCAGGUGACAGAGUGUCUGUGCUCCAUACUCAGAGACAACUACGAGCUCUGUGCUCAGGUGGGGCUGGACCUCAUUUGGUCGUGCUUCCGUCUCAUUCUCAAAUUCAACCGCCGCCACUCUUGGCUCAGGUUCCUUGAGACGGUGGUGGUGGUGAAUGGAAAGCCCAUGGGUCGCAACCAGACAGCAGUGCUAGACAUGGUGAUUGAUCACACGCACUCCGUGGCUGGCCUGCCCAAGUCACCCGCGCACUGGAGGCGGCGCCGGGAGCUCAUGGCUGCUGGCGAGGCUGCUGCUAAGCCCCAUGAGAGCCAGGUGAGUGGGGAGAUGCUGUGGUUGGGGCAGGUGCGCUUCCAUGCAGCGUAUGUCUCUCUGCUCGCCGCGUGCUGCUGGGGGAACAACCCAGCGCACGCAGUGAAGGUGGGCGGGCUGGUGGGACUGGGCGAGGUCAUGGCUACCUUGCUCUGGCUCAGCUCUGAAUCCAAAAUGGCACAGAACGCCAGAGAGAAGGAGCCAGAGAGGGAGAGGAAGGGGGAGAGCGAGAGGGGGGGGGAGGGGGAGAGGGAGGGUAGGGAGAGAGUGGGGGUGAAGGAGGGUAGGGAGAGAACGGAGGAGCGGCAGGUGGAAGAGAGGCGGGAUGUGGGGAAGGGGAAGUGGUUGGAGGAGAGGCGGAGGCACCUAUCGGUGCCGCAGAGAGGUGAAGGGACAGAAGAGUUGGGAGGAGGAGGGGGAGGAGGAGGAGGAGGAGGAGGAGGAGGAGGAGGAGGAGGAGGAGGAGGAGGAGGAGGAGGAGGAGGAGGAGGAGGAGGAAGAAGAGGAGGAUUGGCAGCAGCAGCAGCAGCAGCUAUAGCAGCAGUAGAAGCAGGAGGAGGAAGUGG